GGCCCUGUUUAUAGUGUACCUAAAUGUGUGUGUACGUGUGUUGGGCAGGAAGGGGGCUUUGCAGGUUUCUCUAAACGCGUACGUGGUCCUAGCAGAAGAAGAAAAUUGUCCCACCGUGCUACGGUCAUUAUGGCGAUGCUGUUUAGGUCUUUAAAACGUAGCGCCAUUGACUGCAACCUGCAUACAGCACCACAUUUAGCAUUUGAUUAGUAAAACGUGAGCAAUUGGCUCAUGAAAUUAUGCAAAUUGAGGGUCAUCUCACCGGUCUGCAAGCGAUCAUAUAACUUCCCAAUGUAACUGGACUGAAAGACGUCAAAAACCGUGCCAAUGUCAGGGUUGUUCGGCACAGGGCACCGUAUAUAACCCCGCGAAUACCAAACGAACGCCAUCAGUGUUCAACGGCACAUCACAGAAACUCAGUGCAGCUAGUACAUCCAACUAAACCAGCCAUGAAAAUAGUGUUGGCGCUUUCUGUUCUGGCGGUGGCUGCGGCGGCGCCUCAGGGCUACGGAGCCCCUCCCCAGGGCUACGGAGCCCCGGUGGGCGGCGCAGCGGCCUCGCAGCUGCCAGUCUAUGGCGCCUCACAGGGGUCCGCCGGAGCCCAGAGCCAAGACGCUCAGGCCAGAACCAUCAGCGAGGAGAACAUCAACAAUGGUGACGGCACCUACCGCUUCAGUUUCGAGACGGACAACGGCAUCCUGCGAGAGGAGGAGGGUGACGGCACCCAGGUGAGGGGCAGCUACAGCUACACCGCCGACGACGGCACACCCGUGGAGAUCACCUUCGUGGCCGACGAGAACGGCUUCCAGCCGGAGGGCGACGCGCUGCCGACACCGGUGCCCACCGAGUACCCGACACCCGAGGUGCCGGCCACGGAGGCGGCAGCGGGCUCCUACUCGGCCCCCUCGGCGGCAGCGGGCUCCUACUCGGCCCCUGCGGCUGCAGCGGCCCCCUACUCUGCCCCCUCGGCUGCAGCGGCCUCCUAUUCUGCCCCCUCGGCUGCAGCGGCCUCCUACUCGGCCCCCAGCCGCUCAUACGGUGCCUUCUAAAGAUAGAUUGAAUCGAUGACUCCCCCGAAAGACAGCCAGCCUUUGACCGGCGACAGCUAUCGCCCAUUUGAACUUCAUGAUGAGAAUGGUGGCGUUGAUUCAAUAUCUGAUAAGUGUAAGAGGUUGAAGAGCGAUUAAGAUAAUGUCUGAUGGUCGUCAUGUAUGCCUGUGUUUGUGUGUGUCCAUUGUCUGUAUUUAUAAUUACCCUUGAAAGCGAUAAUGUCGCGUGUGAUUCGUCUCCAUGUAGGUAUGUUAAUAGUUUUAUUUAUUUAUUAGUCGUCUGUUAU